GAACUCUCUUGAUACUUUUAUCAUCUUGGUUUGUCUUAUCAUCCAAGAUGGCGGCGCUUGUGGGACUGCGUGCAUGUUUCUCUGCCUUUCAGCUUUCUUCGCCAAGCCUCCUGCACAGCUCAUUCAGACUGUGUGCUGUGCCUUUGAGUCGGCGAACGUUUGCUGUUGAGGCGAAGAAGACCUACAGCAGAGAGAAACCUCACGUGAACAUCGGAACGAUUGGCCAUGUGGAUCAUGGAAAGACCACGCUGACUGCAGCCAUCACAAAAGUGCUUGCUGAUGCUGGGGGUGCUCACUACAAAAAAUAUGAGGAAAUUGACAAUGCCCCAGAGGAAAAGGCUCGAGGAAUUACUAUCAAUGCGUCUCACGUUGAGUACACCACAGCUAACAGACAUUAUGCCCACACUGACUGCCCCGGCCAUGCCGACUACGUCAAGAACAUGAUCACAGGGACGGCCCAGAUGGACGGCUGCAUCCUGGUGGUGGCGGCCACUGAUGGCCAGAUGCCGCAGACGCGUGAGCACCUCCUGCUGGCCAGGCAGAUCGGUGUCGAGCACAUGGUGGUUUUCAUCAACAAGGCGGAUGCCGUGGACGACAAAGAGAUGCUGGAUCUGGUGGAGAUUGAGAUUCGCGAGCUGCUCACAGAGUUUGGUUACGACGGCGAGAACACACCUGUGGUGAUAGGCUCCGCCCUCUGUGCCUUGGAGGGCAGAGAUCCUGAACUGGGCAUGAAUGCUGUCAUGAAGCUGCUGGAGAUGGUGGAUUCAUACGUUCCUCUACCAAAACGAGAGCUGGAAAAACCCUUCCUUCUCCCCAUCGAGGGUGUUUUUUCAAUCCCAGGCAGAGGGACAGUCGUGAGCGGCACUCUGGAGAGGGGUGUCAUAAAGAAAGGAGAUGACUGUGAAUUUGUGGGUUUCAAUCGCCACUUCAAAUCUGUGGUUACAGGCGUAGAGAUGUUCCACAAGUCUCUGGACCGGGCAGAGGCGGGGGAUAACCUGGGAGCUCUGGUCCGAGGCCUGAAGAGGGAAGAUGUGAGGAGAGGGAUGGUGAUGUGUAAACCUGGAUCCAUCAUGCCUCACCAGAAAGUCCAGGCUCAGGUUUAUAUUCUCAGUAAGGAGGAAGGAGGUCGACACAAACCCUUUGUUACCAAAUUCAUGCCCGUCAUGUUCUCUCUCACCUGGGACAUGGCCUGCAGCGUCACUCUACCUGCAGAUAAGGAAAUGGUGAUGCCCGGUGAGGACACGUCGUUGUCGCUCACGCUCCGCCAGCCGAUGGUUCUGGAGAAAGGCCAGAGGUUCACUCUGAGAGACGGAAACAAAACCAUCGGCACUGGCCUGGUCACGGACAUCCUCACCAUGACAGAUGAAGACCUAGUCAACUGGGGCUGAAGGGAAACUGUGGCUUGUGUGAGGCAGUGCUUGUGUUGUCUGGGUGUUUAUCUGCUCAGAUACAUUUAUUCUAGAACCAAACCGAAAACAGGAGAGGCCUAAAAGACAUGCGAGGGUUUGGUGAUCUGUUCCACGCAACCAAAACCUGCAACAUUCAGUAAAAACUGUCAGUAAAAAUUACGUCGUUUAUGUAAUUAAAUGUAUCUAAUAAUAAACGCCCCUUCUUUGUA